UCGGCGUGUGUCGUCGCUGGUCAUAGCGCACUCUCACACUGACGUCUGGUUUGCUCGCGAAUCCGUUUUUUCCGAGCUAGGCACGAUCGUGCUCAGGUCCACGGCACCGGGCCCCGGGGCCCGGGGCCCUCGUUCGGGAAGCUCUGUGACCAUGACCCCAACAAGUCAACCAAACCUCUCCCCGAGUGCUCCAACUUGUGAUUACUCCAUCGAGAUUCCACUGAUGUCUGCCAGUGAUCACUACAAGCACCCAUGUGAGGCUUGAAGAUUGAUCGAGGUCGGGUUUAGUACCAGUGGACCUAUCGUCAACUACAUACGUAAUGAAAGAGUGAGCUGAAUUUCGACAGAGGUGGUGAAGUUUAGUGUCCAUAUUUUAAAGGAUCGUGAAAGCCAAAACGAAGAAAAUACAGCGAAAAGAGGAGGUGCGAGAGACGCGAAGUGGAAAGGGGUGGUCGUGGAAGGUGGGAAGAAAAUCCAAAGAGGGAAGAGGCAGCAGAAACGCUAGAGACACAAAACUGGCGUCCAAGACACGUGAGAAGGGUUCCCACGGGACUCGGACCCGUCGAAGAACAAAUGGAGGCUCAUUGUCCAGUAGAGGAAGUGCAACCAGCAUGCAAUGUGGCCUCUGCGCGGUAGUAGCCGGUCUUUUUCGAAGAGCAAUGUGCAUCGCUGGUAGCAGAAGGGGCUCUGGAGAAUCCUGCUACCAAGAACUGACCUCGGAAGUACCGACCUAUACCCAGCAGACGACCACUGCGACCACCGAAACGUGCCUCAAGUCGUCCUCAUUUACCGAAAAGGUCAAGGAAGUUGUCCAAGAGAAGCGAACAACGGAGAUAACUGUGGAUAGUAGCGAACAAAAUACAACCUACAUCCGGAUUUCCGAGGAUGCAGCAUUGGCAGCUUCGGGAACGAUUCCGUCGCACGCCACAUCUGCGUCGCAAGCUGAAUCUGAUUCAAUGUCCAGACGCCUCUCUGACGAAAGCCGCACCCUUUUGGAAAAUCUCGAUAAUUCCAAAAAUCGUCCUAGACAUGGAGGCCGAUUUUUAACUAUGCACAAAAGAAGACGUAAGCGACUCGUUACCAGAUCUUUGAAUCAAGAUUCCGGCAUCCUCGACGAUAUAUUUCAUGGACAAGUUGGAUGCGUUCUACAAAAGGCCGGAAACUGGCGGUUCAAUGCGUUUACAUUGGAAACUGUUACUGGAGGUCGUUCAUUGCCAGUGUUAUGCGUGCACCUCUUCCAUUGGUACGGGUUACUUCAACACUUCAACUUGGACGUCGUCAGAGUAUGGAAGCUAUUCAGUCUGAUAGAGGAGGGUUAUCACAGUACAAAUCCAUACCAUAACAGCAUACACGCUACUGAUGUGACGCAAGCGAUGCACUGCUUCCUGCAGGAAGAGAAAAUUAAGGCUCAUUUGAGUAACUUGGAAAUAAUGGCUUCUCUAAUCGGUGCCGUGACUCACGACCUCGAUCAUCCAGGAGUCAAUCAACCCUUUUUGGUCGCUACCAGUAACCAUUUGGCUGCUCUCUAUGAGAAUACUUCAGUCUUGGAAAAUCACCACUGGAGGUCAGCUAUGGGCUGCCUUUUGGAAAGUGGGGUCUUGGAACAACUGCCGGACGAAAUUAGGCCGGAACUUCAACAACACAUCAGUUCCCUAAUUCUUGCGACCGACAUAACCAGGCAGCAGGAAUUUUUGACUCGUUUCAAAAAGUACCUCGACGAAGACCUUCUGGACAUGAAACAUGCCGAGGAUCGUCACUUCAUUUUACAAAUCUCCCUGAAGUGUGCUGACAUAUCGAAUCCCUGCAGGCCAUGGGACAUCUCCAGGAAGUGGUCGUACAAAGUUUGCGAAGAGUUUUUCCGUCAAGGCGAUUAUGAGCGACAGUUGAAUCUGCCAGUGACACCAUUAUGUGAUCGUCAAAACACAAGUAUUCCCAAAAUUCAGGCUGGCUUCUUCAAAUUUGUCGUUGCUCCUCUUUAUGAGGAAUGGCACCGAUUUCUUGGUGCUGGGCUUAGCAUUUGCUUGAUGAAAUAUCUUCGAAGCAACCAAAAGAGAUGGGAGGCUAUGAUUCAACAAGAGAUAGCCCAGGAGACUAAGACGGAAGUAUCUGAUCUGGACGAAGACGAGAAGGUUUUAAGUUCUGGAGAAGAACUUCCUCCCGAUGAUGACUCAGGCAGCAUCGAGCUUGUGCUUUUCUCUCAGCUUUCUUCCGUCGCUCGCCGGCCAAGUUUGCCCAUGAGACCGGAAGCUCAUCGUGGAAGAAGGCGACACUCAGUACCUCUAAGCGUCACAAAGCCAGUACCUAUCCUAGCCCGAGCAAGUGCAAGAAGAGAGAGCCUGCCGAUCGAACACAAAAAGCCUAAGAAUCCUCUUCUAAAACUCAGUGAUCAAACUCGUCAUGGGCGAAGUUCUCUCUCAUUAUUUUCCUCCAAGAGCAGUCUUCUGGGGUCCUCAGAAAGUGCCGCUGAGAGGCCUGUCAGUGCCGAGAAUCUUCUGCCCGAACCUAGUAUCGCCAGUAUUACAAAUAGCACAGAAGCAUCUAGGCUCAGCUCAGUUUUGCAGCCUGAUAACCAGAAAACGCAGCAGAAGCAACUCACGAGGCAACAAACUUUCCCACCAAUUCAGCCUUAUAUCAGGAUGAGAUACAUGUCCACAACGGCAGAGAUGACGCAAUGUUGCGAGAUCCUGGUGGAAGCUGAGAGUCCCUCGUCUUCCUCUCCGAGUCCCACGAAAGACGACACUUGUCCUCGAGGUCAAUGGGGUACACUACCAGACGAGGAUGGGAAAUCCAAUGUCGCAGCGGAGGGAGCAGAUAUAUUGGAAGAAUCGGGUAGUCUCGUCAAUAUUGAAUCGAGAAGGCGAGCCUCUGCUGUCUUUGAAACGCUUAAACCGGGUAUCGAGUAUCCCAGAAGACACUCGAUGCAGGUUUUAAGACCAGAAGAAUCGUUCAGGAAUCGGCAUCGUCGACCUUCUUCUGCUCAGGAUAUGGAAGCGACGCAACUCCUUUAUACAUCUUUAACAGGAUCUAGAACAUUGCCAACUUCCGAGAUAUCCGAUCUGCCAGGUUUUGAGUCUCGGCCAGAUUCUAGAACAGCUCAGGAUACGAAAUCCAGCAAUGAGGUUUCGAUUAGCGAAGAUAUGAGGACCUACCCUGCAUCAACGAAGUCCGGUAGUUUUGGAAGUCAGCAGGAUGCGAGAAUAAAAUGGGUGGAUUCAGAGUCUCGAAGGUAUUCAACUCCAGUUCCUGAUAAUACAAAGAGGCCAACGUCUUCCGGAGGGCGAAGAUUCACGGCGAUACCAGUGACAUCUGAAACUGUACCGCAUAAGGUGUUCUUUAUCGGAAGUCCACCCGAUUCACCGCCGAGAACGAAGAACGUUUCCUCCUCGAGCGAUAGUGGUAGUGAUCCGAGGAGAAGUAUUGGCGGUUCGAGUAGUGAUAGCGUCUCCGUUGGAAGUAAGAGGGAUUCAGACACGACGAGGGAGAAGAGUUCCAAGAUCCCUAAAUUAAGUCUUGAUGCUCAGAUGAAGGAAAAUGUCGAUCCGAGAGAGGAAAGUUGCAAAGGCACUGGCCAUGGUCGGCGCAGCAGUCAAGGACUAGCCAGAAGAAGAGGUUCGGCGCCAGUGGGACUGAUGUCAAGACUUGAUGAUGUCUCCAUGACUUCAGUUACUGUAAUAACUGACUUAUACUCGAGACGCGGUUCCGUCCCAAUGGAUAUAUCUCGGCAACAGAAUGGAGCUUUUAAUAGAGCAGCAUUGGGUCCCAGGGAAGAAAAUCUUUCAGCUCCCAGGAGAGCCAGUCUUCCCCAAGAAACAACUCUCGGAAAUCUCAUUGGGAAUUUUAUCGCUGCUUCAGAUGAACGUGAGAACUGCCCGAUGAACAACAACAACAAUAGUAAUAACAACAGUUCGAUUAACAACAACGGGAACAGAAUAACCGAAGGUAGUUCUCUCUCCGUCCCCGGAAUGCCUUCUCCUCGAAGAGGGUCUGUUCCUGCGGACAUAUCUGAAUUACGUCGCGACCUCUUUGGCAGGAACAGCGUGAAUGGAAAAUCCCGCAAUCGAAAAAAAGUUCUGAGGCGGAGAAGCAGUGGUGGACCAGAAAUGUUCGCUGGAGGUAACGGUGAUGGGAAUGACAAUGUCUGGCUCAAACCCAAAUCCGUGAAACGGGACUCCAUCUCGGAACCUAUGGUGAAGCGGCGGGGAUCUCUGCCGGUUGACGUCGUUGCAGUUUCUCAUACUGGCGAGUCGGAUCUUAAAGACGAAAUCGUUCGUAGGCUGGAUCUGACGGAAACGCUAUCUAUGUACGACAGGAUCAGCUUCGGGACUCCGAAGAUCCAGCCUCUGGAGGCUUUAGCACCCAGUAGGCGGACCACCGAUGUCGAGCAGCCUCGAUUCAGCAACGACUGCCGAUCCCAGCCAUCCGACGCAGCUCUAGCAACACCUUUGAUGGGAGGAAUUUAAGGAAACAUGGUGGUCGCGAGCCCCAAAAGCCUGAGAAAUGUGCUUAAGAAUGAUAAUUGACAAAAAACUGCCAAUGAAUACAAUCGCGACACUUAAUCAUAAAACAUUUGUGUAUAUUUGGUAAAUUUUUGAAAUUGUACAUAAAUUUCUGUAAAUAGCAUUGCGUGGCUUAGAAUUGUGUGGCUAUUAAAUUUUUGGUCAGUUUUAUGGUUUGGCGGCGAAGGAAGGAUUUUAAUGUUCUGAAGUUUUUAAACUUGUACAAUCUGGAGUACUUCUAUGCUUUAAAUGAACUUUUUAAGUUUCGAAAGCAUUUAAAUUCAAGGCUCUCUAAAAAUUGAAAUGCUUUUUCAACUUUGGUCGCCUUCAAUUUCGAGUGUUUACGAUUAAAAUCUAGAAGACAAGAAAGUUUCGUGACCACCAUGAAAAGUGUCGCUUGAACCUGUAUUGAAAUAGUCUUCCGAAGUAAUUUUCAAAUUCGGGAGGAGGCAUAUUCGCGCCAAAUCGAUGUGUGCCAUACGAGAGGACCAAAAUGAAGUUCUCUUGGAAAUUCAUAGCUCAAUGCAAGACAUGCGAGUAGAAAUGGAUUCGCUAAAACCGAAACACACACACACAGGGUUCAUAAUGAGGAUUUUAAUAUUAAAAACCUAAAAGAAAAAUAUCAAAAAAAGUCUAGAUACGGAGAAGGAGAAAAGACUGGUAGAGAAACUCGCGGCUAUAGAGCUAGAUGUUAAAACGGAGAAAAGUAAAAGUAAAACUAGUUCAUGAACCGUGUUCGGAGUGACAAUUUUGCUCAUAGUUAGGAAAGUUUCGAAUCUCGAAUCCGUUCGAAUUCCGAACGUUAUUUUUUCGAUUUUCCAAAGUCGAUCCUAGUGUUAUGAAAGAGAUUUUUCAAAAAUCUCAAGAUCGAUUUCGAACGGCUCUGCAGAGUUUAUUCAAGAUUAAAGAUAACAAAGGCUGUCGAAGCUGGCUCUAGUAGAAAUAUACUCAGUCCCGAGGGGAACACUGAAAAAAAUAGUUAGUUGAGCAAACCGUUAGUUGGUAAGAUAUCGUACAGCUAUUUUAUUAGUUGACAGAAUAAUUCCAUUAGUUGAAGUGGCUAUUCAUUUAGUACUAGUAACUGAGAAAAUGGUUGUCCCGACUAAUAAAAUAACAGUAACAAAUCUCACAAGCCAAAUUAUUGAUGCAACUAACCAUUUUUUGCAGUGAAGCGCAAAACCGUAGACAUUCCUUAAAAGGUGUAUAGUUAUUGGAUAAUAAUUUAAGUAACGAUUGUAAUUAAUAUCAGCUCAUCUAAACCAUUCGUCAUCAACGUCAUCCUUAUCGCCAUCGUUGUUGUAAUAAUUAAAAAAACGAUAUCGAGAAGAAUGUUUAUGUAGAUAGUCACUCGACCUCAACUUAGAUAGAUACCGUUGUUUAAUCUUUAUUUAUUAUUAAUCAUACACAUAACCGCGAAGCGUAAAAUAGUACAGUGGAAAGUUUUAUUUUAUUUUUGAAAAACUGCUUAUCCUCUACUCAAUUAUUGGAGGCAAGAUUAGAGUUCUAAGAUUCUUGAGAAUUUUAAUCAGGGAAUAUUUUUUAAAUGUCUACAUUGUUCUGAAUUUUUUUAAUUCGUUGUAUUAUUUUGAAUGUCUUCGAUUUCUACUACCAUAGUUCAAUUGAAUUAUUUUAAUUCUCCGAAAUGGAAGGUUGAUCACAAAUGUUUAGUUUUUCAAAAAAAUAUUCCCUGCUUGGAACUCUAAAACAAAAUCAUACAGAUUUUUUGAACUGUAAAAGUACUAUUUUGCGCAUAAGUCUAAAAAAUUAAUUCCAGUAUUUAAAAAAAAAAAA